AAUAUAAGUGUGGUGAUGUCCGGAAAUCAUAGCCAGGUGUUAGCUACAUGUGUUGCACAUGCCGAGUUAAACUUUCUUUCCAACAUGGACCUAAACACGAAGAAAAACAUUUCCCAGUCUUUACUGUCUUGUGGAAACGAUGGAGGCCUCAGUGAGAAGCUCCUCCUGAAGCCCAGAGCGGGCCGAUCCCUGCAGACGGAGCGGGUGCCAAGGAGCAGUGUCCUGGAGCGCCUGCAGAGCUUCCUGCCUCGGAUGGCUGAGGCCAACGAGAAGCUGAAGCAGCAGCUGGAGGAGGCUCCUGAAGGACACUUUGACAUCCAGAACGUGGACGAGGCAGAACGGGUCAUAGAGAUGGAUGUAGCUGUGGUGGAGCUGAACGAGUCGGGCAGCGAAUCAGAAGAAGAGGAGGAGACGUCUGAGUCUGAGUCUGAGGAAGACGUCGCUGAGAUCAGAGAGAUGAACCUCAAACUGCCUGGAGACAGAGGGAACAAAAAGGCCAGCAUCCAGGUCCUGGAGCAGGGAAGGGAGUAGGAGAGUCAGCUGCAGAGUUCUGUUGGACGGUUAGCAGAAUGCUCCAGAGUACAGAGUGGCAGCUUUUCAUCAUCCCUAUGGGAGUGUUUAUAAACGGAUGAUGGGACUACCUCAUCCAGAUUGGCCUUCCACUGAUGAUCAGUGAGUCCUUCCAUGAGUUUAGGCCCAAACCUGCAGGUUCUUAAUGUUGUACGCUUUCUGCUAUCAUUUAGUGCAACAUUCUACUUUUGCAUUUCCUGUCAGAGUACAUAAGCGAAUGAGAAAAGCAUUCAUUGGGGAAGCUUCCUCUCAAGAAACUUGACGAUAUCUUAUAGGGACAACAAUCAAUAGUACACAACACCUCAGGCCCACUGAUGAGCACGGUGGAGGAGCUGUCAUGCUGUGGGCCUGUUUCUUUUCUAGAAGCCCUAGGAGUCAUGUCAUGUUGUGUGUGGCAGUCAAGAGAUCUGUAAUGGGUCUUCAAUGAGUUGCUCAAGAGGACCGUCGUCAAAUCAGAACAAAAUCAAACUUCUUACAUGACUGUAUCCGUUCAGAGAACAGCUCCAGUAGAGAACCUUUGGGCUGACAGACAGCUUCAGACGACAUCCAGGACUAUGGAGGAUGUGCAGAGGUCAUGUAACAACCGGUCACUGGUAAACCUUAUGGACGACUGUUUGCCAAGGUUUACUUUGUGCGAUUUUAUAAGAGAAGUACUGUCCUCCUACAUAAAUGAAUGGCAGUUUCUGUGGAACAUAUCUUAUGUAAAUAAUGUUCUGCUUAAAGUGCUUUUUCCCCCCAAUUUGGUAAAUAUGAUCUAAUUAAAGGUUUGAUUUUUAUAA